AUGGCGUUGACCAGGCGCGGCGUCUGCGAGGUUCUCAUCGGCGCCGGGCUGGCUGGCCAGGCCAGGCGGCUGGCCUGGGCGCCCCCGGCGCUUGCGCGACAGGAGAGGCCCAAUCCAGGAGGCGCGGAUGGCAGCGGUCCGGCCAACGCGCCUCGAUUCGGCCCUGCGGUGAAGGCGAGGAAAUCCGCGCCAAAGUACAAGACCGUGCUGUCGCUGGACGGGGGCGGCACGAGAGGGGUGAUUUCUACCAAGGUGCUGGAGCGCGUGGAGGAGAAGAUAAAGGACAACAUCCGGCGGAACGGGCUCGCCGAGGGCGACUUUGAGGUCGAUCUGGCGGACUACUUUGACUUGGUCGCGAGCUACUUCGUCACCAAAGGGGGCCUGUCGCAGGCCUGGCUGUCCAGCGACGGGGAGUUUGUCGAAUAUGAUCGCAAGAGCGGGAUGCCGCCAUUGAGGGCGGGCUCCGCACGGGCGCUGGAGAUGAUCUUCCGGCUGAAGGCGGACGAAAUAUUUCCCGCAUCCCCCCUAGGGCCUUUGGCGAAUUUAAGCGCGGUGCUGAACCCGAAAUACGGCCUGGAGGGGCUGAAUUAUGUGAUGGGGAGGGUGCUGGGGGAUUUGACGCUGGGCGACGCGCAGACGUCGGUGCUGAUGCCGACAUUCGAGCUAGAGACCAGCCGGCCGGUGGACUUCUGGGCGGACUGCUCGGGCGGGGAGGCCACCAAGACAGGCUACACGGCGAUCAGGAUUCGACAGCUGGGGGACAAGGGCGGGGAGUGGGAGCCGGACCGCUUGUUCAAAUCCGGCAACGACUUCAGCAUAAAGGAGGUAGCGGUGGCCAGUGCCGCCUUCCCCUCCCUGUACCCCGCCUCCCCCAUCCGCUACCCCGAUGGCACGACCCGGAAUUACUCCGAUGGCGGGCUGAUCUCCAGCAACCCCACAACCAGCGCCUUGUCCUACAUGCAGAUCCAGCGGCAGGUGCCCCUCUCCAAGCUCGCCGUGCUGUCCCUCGGCUGCGGGGUCGUCCUGCCAAACCGGAUAUCCGUGAAGGACAAAGGGAUCCUGGGCUGGCUGAAUGAGGGCCAGAUGAUCCCCCUGUUCCUGGACCAGAAGAGCGAGUACAUGCAGUCCAUCGUGGAUGGGCUGUUUUACAAGGUGCUGAACGCCACCCCGGGGCAGUACACCCGCAUACAGAUCGCCGUGGACCAGGACAACAAGUUUUUCGACGAGGACAGGAUGGGGGCGCUGUCCUCAGCGGAUGACUUCAGGGAGAUGGACGACCUUGCCAUGAUUGGCGGCGAGCUGGCCGACGUCUCGGAUGCUGCGAUCGCCAGGUUCGUGGAUGAUUUCGUGAUGGCUUGA